AGGGUGGAGCUUGGAGUAUAUAAAGCGGAGCGUUCUUCGAUCUAGUUAUAGCUUCUCAACAUGUCUCCUAAGUUCAUCAUCUUUACUGCUCUCGUGGCCGUGGCUCUUGCCCGCCCUGAUCAAGCCCCAGCCUAUGGUUAUGCAGCACCUACACCUGCUCCUGCACCUGCCAAGUACGACUUCAACUACGCCGUGAAGGACGACUACUCCGGUAAUGACUUCGGCCACCAGGAGGCUCGUGACGGUUAUGACACACAAGGAUCCUACUUCGUUCAGCUUCCUGACGGUCGUCUGCAGAAAGUCACCUACACUGUCAACGGCGACUCUGGAUACGUGGCUGACGUCAGCUACGAGGGCGAGGCUCAAUACCCUGCCGAACAGCCUGCUUACAAGCCUGCUCCUUCAUAUGUUUAAGAUGCCAUAUCUAGUUUGUCUGUGAUUGUAUUUAUAAAUCUUUUAACUGAAUUUCAACCGCAAAUCCCCCCCUCCCCCCCCCCCAAAAAAAAAAAAAAUGAUGGAAAAGACAUUUCUACUC